UUAAUGAAAUGAUUGACGACUUGUGAUUGAUUAAACACACGUGUCAAGUAUCCCGAAAACUUUCACUUUAACGAUCAAUAAAUAACCGAACGAUGAACGCGAGCAAAUCAUGAGGAAAGAUAAAUUAAGAGGGAAGGUUGCAUGUCACGUUAAAUUUACGGUAACUCGUUGAUUGUCGGAGCAAAAGGAAGGUUCUCGGAAUAUCUGGCAAAUGUGCUGUCGAUCGAUCGCGCAAGCGCUAUUUCACAAACAUAUCCUUUUUAUUCCGACGAAAUUUCGCAGCAAUUUUCGACAUGCGUUUCCUCGCUUCUAACGUCGUCAAGCCGCAGCGAGAGGCCAGGAGGCUCGACGCGAUGGGACUUUUCUACACGUGUGUACCUUAAGUGUACCUUAGCAUUCUAUUGUAUGGCACCAAUGUAUAUCGUACUCUAUUGUACACGCGAGGCUGUAACAUAUAUCGUUCGAGUGUGAAAUAGAAACCGAUCGAUCGGUAGAGAAAGCCUGCCUGGGUUAUUCGGUGGCCGCGCGCGUCCGCGAAACGCUCGGCACGAGUUCGUGCGAGGGAAUCUAAACUACUCCGCAUGAUUGACACGCAUCAAUGUCCUUGUCUCUGGAGUUGGGGGCGCAAAUCAUUAAUGAAUUAAGUCGCCGGCGGCGGGGCGAGAGGCAGCCCUACGCGCCGCUCAAAUAAGCCAUUUCCUGCGUCAGGCAGCAGAACUCUCCGGUCCACCGUAAGGUAUAGAAUGUCGGCCGGCCCUUGCCGGGGAGAUCGAGAAGACAACGCCGACGUGUCCGGAUUAUCCUCGGUGGUACAAACUGGCUAUUCGUCACGGUAUUCCUUCCUUCGGCUCGACAGGAUGAACGGUGACGGUAAGGUCAGGCUGACGCUCGACGACGUGCGCGAGUUGGUCACCAGGGACGAGCCCGACGUGGAGAUCACCAGCCUGGAGGAGGAGCCGGGCUCGGGUAGAGGAGACAAUUACACCUCCAUGCUGUAUCGGGUGCGGGCGAAAGGGCGCAAGCACUCGCUGGAGGGUGGCGAGGGCUGGCUGGAUUACGAGCGCGCGAUCAUCUACAAGAUCCUGCCGGAGUCGAAGAAGCGUCGCGAGGCGUUCAAGAGCGAGCUGCUGUUCCGGAACGAGGUAGCUUUCUACAAGCACGUGUGGCCGGCGCUCAAUCGGCUGCAGUCGGCCGGUAGGAGGGUGUUCGGCGGUGUGCCCAGGAUCUACGCCGCCCGAGCGGACUUGAUCGCGAUGGAGGACCUGCGGGUGAGAGGCUUUAAGAUGGCGGACAGACGGAAGGGGCUGGAGGUGGAGAGUCUGAAGCUCGUGUUGAAGGCGUUAGCGGGCUUCCACGCGCUCAGCCUUACGCUCAGGGAGUCCAGGCCGGAGGAGUUCGUGAAAUUAAUGAAUCCGGCACAUGAUCAAGGUAUACAAGAGGUGUUGUUUCGACGAGAUAACGAGGAUUGGUAUCGACAGUAUUAUCGCGUGGCCGCGAAUAACGCUAUCCGAAUGGUGUCCGAUGCGCUACCCUCGCAUAUGGACUUCCGAAGGGAGGAGGUAAUGACGAAGUUGCAGGCCUUCCUCAACGAGGACGUGUUCUUCCGCACGAUGAGCGAGCUCGUCUCCGCCCAGGGAGCUCUCUCUGUGGUCUGCCACGGCGACUGUUGGACCAACAACAUCCUCUUCCGGGACGAGCCGAGCUCGGACGCAGAGGCCGUUUAUUUAGUCGACUUUCAACUGACGCGGGUUGGUUCCCUCGCUCUUGAUCUUGCGAACUUGCUAUACUGCUGCACGAGUGGUGUGGUUAGGCGGGCUUACAUGACACAGCUUCUCCAGCACUAUCAUUCCCAUCUGAUGUCCUCCUUGCGCGUCCUCAAUCCGGAACGGCCGCCGAAAGAUCCAUCUGUUAUGUGGGAAUUAUUGAACGAAGAGAUGCGGAGAUGCGGACGAUUCGGGGUGGGGCUGGCGUUGGACAUAUUACCGAUCAGCACGUGCGCCAGCCACGAGGCACCGGAUUUGUACGAGAGGAGUGCGGAGACCAGCGAGGAGAAGCACAGCGCGGGAGCGCCGCCGCCAGCCGGCGCCGAGUGCGCCCGGCUCAUGACUGAUUUAGUGUUGGAACUGAUACACAACAAGGCUCUGUAGAUCGGAGGGAGAGGGGGACGUCGCAUUAUUCAAUAAUAAUAUAUAUACAUAUAUGUGACGUAUAUAUAUUAUACGUGUGUAUAUGUGUGUGCAUAUCCUUACUGUAGUUAUUUUUGUAACUCUUAUAAUACACAUCAUCGCGUGCGCGCGAGGAAGAGAGAGAGAGAGGGUAGCACAGUGUACAAAACUUUAUCCUUUCAAUUUCUCCGCACACACACACACACACGCUCGUGUGUCGUAUGAGUAUGUGAAGAAAAUGUUAAUAAUUACUCCUCCGCACAUAUAUAUAAUUCAUAUAUAUAAAAAGUCAAAGUAUCUUUCUUUUUUUCCUAUUUUUUACGAAUUACACUUACACUCCUACCUGGAGACAUCGAGAGAGAGAGAGAGAGAGAGAGAGAGAGAGAGAGAGAGAGAGAGAGAGAGACUGCUCGCCGCACGGCUCGUCCGAAUGUUCUAUAUCACGUUCUAUCACACGAUACAAGAUACAAUGAGAAGUGAUCCGUGGCUCUCGAGAGAACCGCCAACAAGGAGCCACGGGGAUGCGAAGGAGGAACGUAGAGCGAUUUCUGCGACGGGAGAGUUGUAGCGCGUCGCCGUGCGCGUUCUCUGCUAGUGCGUGUGUAUGUGCGUGAGAUACAUCACACACUGAUCACAUAGUGGCGCAAGUACGUAUACACACACACAGUCACGAUCGGUCGUUUUUUUAUUACUCAAAGUGGA